CAGUUUAACAUCUGCCACAGCGUGUGAAAAACCUCGAUUCUAACCAGCAGCAAUGUAUACCGGUCAGGAGAGCAGCAGCAGCAUGAACUAUUACGUUCCAUACGUUCCGCCUCAGGAUACUGAAACUCCAUCGAAAAAAUGUACCACGUAAGUUACAGAAUUCUCCAUUGUCUUAUACUUUGAUUUUUUAAUUUAUAGAGAAAGUAUUUUUACUCAUGAUUUUUUUCCAUAGCGUUUUACCCGCACGUCGCGCGAUUCGCAUACUGAGCAGGCGAUAUGCACUGACGGCUACGUGGUAUAAGUACUUGGAAAUCGGCAUCAACGUUGGUCCGUCCAGCUAUGUCGAGAUUGCAAUAGGAGAUAAUCGAGGGAACGAGUUGAUCCUGUCUCUCGAAACGUGGAAAGGAUUCUACGAACAGCGAUGGGAUAUUCAGAACCGUCUCCACAAGGAUGUUCGCGACCGCCCUAUCAGCGUUGGACCGUUGACGGUGCGAAUCAGUGAGAGUCCAGUAUCUGAUACAAAACUCAUAUAUCUGGAAUCAUCCAACGUACGUUUGGCGAUGACCGAAUCGACGUUCUUCAUCAUGUUCAACCUGGACCGAUGUAUCAAUUUGAUGUUCGACCGCUUGAACCGUAUGGUCGAUAAAGUCGACACAAAGUUCACACAAUUUUCAAACAUGGCGUCCACCAACCCUAGAAAUGUAUCGAACGCCAUACGCGCCAGCGAUUGUUUCGAUGAGAAUCACAUUAUAGAUUGUGAACUGUUGGCUCUAUUUUUUAGCAAGCUACAGAUAUAACUUGUAAAAAUAUUAUUAUUAUUAUUAAUAAAAAUACUGUUCUAAGCAUAAAUUGUAAUAUUAUUUUUCCAUACCUAUUUCUCAUUUUCCUCACACGAGUGCAUCUAUGAGAUAUUCAAAGUAUUAACUCUUAAAGGGAAGCUGUAGUCAUCUAUAUUACUAACGGAAUGACAUUUUUAAAAAAUCUUUUUUACCGGUAAUACGGGAUACUCCGAAAUCCCCAUAAAAAUCGCUUACUCAUGCGGUAAUAUAAACGAUCGCAGCUUCUUUUUAAGGACGGUCAUCGGCUAAUCGGGUUUCUAUAUAUUUGCUUGAAACUUGGACUAUUAUCGUGAAUUUCUGUGGAAUGUAUCUUAACAACAAUCAUAAUUUCGUUUUGUAUAUGUAUUUGCCAUACUUUGAAGUAUUAAAAUAAUUUAAAAAGAAAUUAAUUAACCCAAAAAUUGUUUUUGAAAAUUUGAAGGUUUUAAGGUGGCCUGACCCCUUAAUUAGCGUAAAAGGAGCAGGUAGUGGUGGUGAAGGAGCAGGUAGAAAAGACGGAAGGGGUGAUGGAGGAAGCGAAUAAAUUGUAAUUAUUUUCUA